CUUCCAUUGCCAAAGCCAUGCAGCACAAGGUUCGCGCGGCUGUUCGCGCACUCCGAAGUCCAGCGGCCAUCCUCGAGCGUGUCAACCGCCUCGUCGUCUCGGACGCAGUGAGCCGCCCUGGCUGGUUUAACGUGGUCGAGCGCAUCCCGCCGCCACAGCACGCGCACCGCCCGAGCCCUGCACCACCAAAGAUUGUCUUCCCCGAAGACGGCUUGCGAAGGUCUGCGCGUCGCAUUCGAGGAGAAGGUGUCGAUAUUGUCGGCAUCCUCCCUAGCAUUCAGAUGAACGAGUCUCACAAGUUUACCGUGAAGACUGACGGCGAUCGCAUUACACAAGAGUACACGCGCUUGCGGAAAGAGGAGAAGCUCUCGCAUCCCGAGGCGCUUGCUCGUGCCAUUCCAGAAAGCCACCGUGGCACGUAUCUGCAACGAUACGUCGCUGCAGUCCGAAAGAUUCGCGAGGCUAAUGCUACAGAAUUCAAGCUGAUGGGCGCUGCAGCACCCGACAUGGGCCCGCAGCCCACGCCGCCAGCUGUGCCAGCCCUGCUCGAAUCCAAGGCCUUCCUUCCGUACGUCGACAGCCUGUUUGCGUCACGCGCCCGCAACGAUCCUCGUCGACGAUCUGCUCUCUUCAAUUCGGCCUCACAGCGCCGCCAGAGUCCCAUCCACCUUCGAGGCUCGCAAACACGCAACCCCUUCGAUCCCUUCAAUGCCAAGGACCAGCCUACGAUUGGCGGUCGCUCAUAGCCGAUCUCCGUGCUCCUUUGAGUGACUCGAGUCUGUUUGUCUGGGCGGCUGUAUCCAGGAUGCUUUGCAAGGGAGCCAAGCACGCGACUCUUCGGGUGGUUUUGGAGCAAAGACUGGCUGUGUUGAUGAAUGUUUUCGUGUGUGUCUCGUGUGUACAACAUAUUUUUCUUCUUCUUCUGUGAGAUUGAACCGUGC